CUCUCGCUUUUUGCUGGCUUACACCGCCGUUAAAAGUUGGGAGAAAGAAGAAAAGGAGAGAGUUUGAACUUUGAAGAGAGGAAAGGCAUUCCUCUGACUCUUUCUUAGUAAUUGGUAGUAAAGGGUUUAAAGGUCGGCUUUCACCCCUGGCUCUCCCGACCAUGGAAUCCUUCACCCUGCUCAAAUACUGGCGGGGCGGCGGCGGCGGCGGCGGAGGAGGAGGAGGAGGAUCCACCGUCGCUGAAAACCUUCGCGCUUGCAGCGCCACCCCUGUAGUCGCCACCGCCUUCCUACGCCCCUCCUCGGCUACCACGGAUGACAGCGGCGACAACGACGACGAUGAAGGACCCUUCUUCGACCUCGAGUUCCCCGCCCUUACCGUCGACGACGAGGUGGAAGAGGGCGAGUUCAACUUCGAGCUGAGUUCCGUCGGAAAUGGUGGCGGCAGCGGCGGAGGAGGGGGUGAUGACAUCCGGACUGAGGGUUUCUCCCCCACUGAAGACCUCUUCUUCAAGGGGAAGCUCGUCCCUUUGGGACCUUCCUCGAUCGUGAUCGCGGCCUCCGAGUCUGACAAUAAACCCCAAUUCCCGGCGGCCUCCAUCCUCAGAUCCGCCACCAAGUUUCGUGUUUUCUUGCUCGGGCUCCGCAAGCCCAAACCCACCGCUGCGGAGCCCAAUGCCGCCGCCGUGGCUGGUGCCUCCCCGAGGCAGCAACUUCAGCAGCAUCAGAGCAGGUUCUUCGUGAAGUUUAAGGUGGAAGAGCUGCCCAUCAUCUCGCUCUUCACACGGGACAACAGCUCCCGGAACUCCUCGGCCAACCGGGCGGUGAAACCGCAAGCGGAAGACACCGCCGUCUCCGUCACAGCGGCGGAGGAGAAGAGGCUGGCGAGGGAAGUCGUUCAGAAGUACGUCAACAUGAUCAAACCGCUCUACGUCAGGGCUUCCAGGAAGCACGGCGAGAAGCCGAGGCUUCCCGGAGAGCCAGCGCCAGGAGAGGUGGAGCCGGAGGAAACGGCGCCGGCUCCUGCUCCUGCGGCGAGCGCGGGCGGGGUCAAGGGCCUCCCGGCGGGGCUGAGGGUGGUCGGGAAGCGGCUGGGGAAGAUCCGGUCGGCGUCGGCGACCGUGGCCGCGGUCCCGCCUCCUCCACCGCCGCCACAGCGGCGCGACGACACGCUCCUGGAGCAGCAGGACGGGAUCCAGAGCGCCAUCGCCCACUGCAAGCGUUCCUUCACCGCCCCGGAGAAAGGGUCGCAGUCGCCGUUGGCGAGAUCGAAGAGCGACCCGAUCCGGGCGAUGGGCGAUCAGAUCUGAGCCGCGCUUAUUCCCGGCCGUCCGAUUUUGGCAGUAACAGUAAAAAGCCUUCACUGUGUCUCAUAUCCUUGGUUCUCGUAGCAAGUAGAGUAGGAGGAAGGCCUUGCUGUAAAAAUCGUGCGUUCGAUCUAUCCAUGAUGCCAAGUACUGGUUGUGUCGACUAUAUGUGGUGGGUGUUUGAUUGGCGAGCGAGAGUGCAAUGAUGAGAAGGUGAAAGUGAUGGGGCUGAGCUUUGCUCGCUCACUCUCACAUGUGAACGAACACCGGAGGGGAGGGGAGGGGAGGGGAAAGAUUCCCGUGGCAUCGGGAAAGCUGCAGCAUAAUAUGGCAAUCUUAUGGCAAUAUGGUGGAGCAAUGAAUGCUUUAGCUUCUGUC